AUGUUGCGGUUAAGAGGAUAUCCAGUGCAUCUAAGCAAGGUAAGAUACAAUAUUGAUCAAGGUUUGGCCUCUGCCUUAUUUUAUCUACAUGAAGAAUGGGAACAGUGUGUGCUGCACAGGGAUAUCAAGUCCAGCAAUGUUAUGUUGGAUUCAAAUUUUCAAUGUGAACUCGGGGAUUUCGGGUUAGCUCGGCUCGUGGACCAUGGAGAAAAGUCACAAACAACAAUUAUAGCUGGAACGAGAGGCUACAUGGCUCUAGAAUAUGUUACUACAGGAAAAGCUAGCAAAGAAUCAGAUGUCUACAGCUUUGGAGUUGUUGCUUUGGAAAUAGCCUGCGGGAGAAAACCGAUCGAUUUCAACUUAGAAAGUAGCCAAAUCGAACUGGUGAAGUGGGUUUGGGAGCUUUAUGGAGAAGGCAAAGUUAUUCCAGCAGCCGAUCCAAAACUCAAUGGAGAGUUUGAUGAGAAAUCAAUGGAGUGCUUGAUGAUUGUUGGAUUGUGGUGUGCACACCCGGAUUAUAAAUUCAGACCUUCAAUACAACAAACGAUUCAAGUGCUUAACUUGGAAGUUCCAUGGCCAUUCUCCCAUCAAAGAUGCCGGUGGCCACAUAUUUUGCUCCUCCUAGAUUACUUUCAACAUUGCUCAGUGAAACUAUUAGUUCUGAAAGAGGUCAAACCGAGUCCUCAGGAAAUCACCAAGUCCUCUCAAUCACCCCAUCCUCUACAACAAUAUUUGUGA